AUGGACAAAAAGCAUAUUGAGAGCGAGAAGAAAGAGUAAUAAGUAAUGGGUGAUGAUUUGACUUAAAAAGAUGGUGCAAAUCAAAAGUCUGAUGAAGUGACAGAAGAGGUUAAAGUUGUAGCUUAAAUACAGAUAAAUAAUGAUUAUUCUCUACCAAUAUAUCCAAUUCAUGUACUUUCUACGAAUAGGAUUUUAGAUACUAUCAUCUCAAGAAAUGAGGUCAACAAACCUGCGAGCAACAUGUAUAAGCUAAGAGGAAUUGGAGCAUAUUUUGCUGGAUUCGUGCCCUAUAGUAUAAAUUUCUUUUUCAACAAUGUUGAGUUCUAAUAUAAAGCAGAUGAAGAAGUUAACCAUCCAUUGGCCAAUUACUAUUUGAUUUCUACAAUUGCUUUAUGGAAUCCAAUUAAUAUAAUGAUUGUUCGAAUGCAAUGUCUUGAUUACCCUAUAAGGAAAUUCAGAGGUGCUCUUUGGGAUAUGAUUAAGCAUGACAAACAUAGAAUGCUCUACUCUGGUAUUGCUCCUAUUUUUGCAGGCUAGGCUUAUUUGUACUGUGCGAUAAUUGCUGCUGAGUCCAUGACUUCAUUCGGAUAUAAAUAUGCUCCUGAAGUUAGCUUAGGAUUAUUCCUUACUUCUUGUUUAUUUGCUCAUCCACUGUUCUUAAUUGGAAUGAGAGUCUAGUAUGGUAGAUUUCAUGCGACUUAAAUAUAAAGGGAAGCUUAUAAAAACUGGUUUAAUGCAUUAGUAUAUAUAAAAAAUCAGCAAGGCUCCAGAGCAUUCUACAAGGGAUUCGCUCCAGCAAUGUUUAUUUACACUGCCAUGCACUAUGAAAGUUUAAGAAGUUUUAUUUUAGAUCCCCUUAAAUAAAAAUACCUUGGCUGGGCCUAAAAGUAAUGA